AUGACAAAAUUUCCUGUGCCAGUCGGUGUCUACAUAACGAGGGUGUGGAUAUUUUCCCAAGUAAAUAGGGGGUGUGGUUGGGCUGUAGAGCAAGGGUGCCAGCCUAGAGGCAAGUCCUCUGGGACUGCUGUCCCUUGGCGCUCGGGGCAGCCCAAGAAGGCAUGUGGUGCUUUGGCUGUCACGCUCAUAGAAAAGAAAAAGAACACAAUAGCUACAGCAGCUGUAGGGGGAGGAGUGUUGCUUGGAAACAAUACACGCUUCCUCAAGACACGGCAGUUCUCCAUUUCGAAGCCUAGUCCGGUUUCGGUUUCAGAGAUAGGAUUUCUUACUUCCCAAUUGGGUGGCAUCAGGAUUUCCUACAACCCACCAAAACCACUCACUGCUCCUUUCACUCCCGCUAUCCAACCUCUCGUCGCACGUAGAAUUUGCCCCUUUACCGGGAAGAAAGCCAACAGGGCCAACAAAGUUUCCUUUUCAAACCACAAGACCAAGAAGUUGCAGUUUGUCAACUUGCAGUACAAGAGGGUGUGGUGGGAAGCUGGCAAGCGCUAUGUCAAGCUGCGAUUGUCAACCAAAGCGUUAAAGACUAAACAGAAGAACGGACUGGAUGCUGUUGCUAAGAAGGCUGGCAUAGAUCUUCGCAAAGAGUGAUAAAUUGGUCAUAUGUUUUUGUUUUGGCGUAUUUGGUUUUCUGUUACUUUUUAUAUUCAUUCCCUGUUCUGAUGAAGUUCUUCCCGAAUCAAUGAUAUCUUCAUCUUUACAUCUCACAAGCUGGUAAUUACUCUUUGUUCAUGUGCUCUUUAAGUCCAUGGCUUUUUAUCCAAACCUGUAUUGAUUCCACAAUCAGGAAAUUGCGGAAUAGUUUCAUUAGGGUGUGAUGUAUUGUUGUGCUGCCUAUCUGUAAGCAAUUGCACUAUACCAUAUGCUAUGGCGCAAGUAACUUCGGAAGGUAGCUUCUGUAUGUUGGUAGGAGGUUUGAUGCCAUGAUGUUGGAUCCUCGCAUGCCCUUGUAUUAUUUUGUUUGCUGACUACGCAUUAUCCUAGUUGUAGAUUAUAAUGGCACUGCAAAGUGUUGUGUUUGAAAUUUUCGGAUAAGGUUUUCAAAUUUCAGGCUA